CCUCGUAGUUAUUGCUAACACAAUGAAGGUUCUCGUAGCUUUGGCGCUUUUUGUUGCAGUGGCUCAGGCCAGCAGCCUUGCCGGACUGGAGUUCGCGCACCGACACGCGGAGCCCAACCCCAGACACACGGCCGACGAGUGGGAGGCCAUCUACGCCGCCGCCAGCGACGUGAAGAUAGACUCCGCCGCCGGUCUGGUGCUGGGGACCACGCCCCAAGACGAGAAUGCCGGGAAGGUGCUCACUAAUCCCGGGAGCCGCAUCAUCACCGGAACGGCGGUGAGCCAGGGCGACAUCCCCUGGCAGGCGUUCCUCAUCAUGGGAGGAACCAACCUCUGCGGUGGUUCCCUCAUCUCCAGCGAGUGGGUGCUCACGGCCGCCCACUGCCUGGACGGGUUCAACACGUUCCAGAUCACGCUGGGGGCCACCAGCAGGACAGUCGCCCAGUCGGGCACCGUCAGCCAGGCGGCGCGCGAGGCGCUCAUCCACGCCAACUGGGACACCAACGCCAUCUCCAACGACAUCGGCCUGCUGAGGCUGGGCUCGCUCGUCACCUUCACCAACUUCAUCAACGCCGUACGUCUUCCCCGUAUCUCCCAGGCUUCCGUCACCUUCGAAGGAAAUGCGGCCGUUGUCAGCGGCUUUGGAAGGACUUCUAGCAUCCUCAACAUCGCGUCCAGCAACCUGCUGUACGCCGACCUGACCAUCAUCGGCAACACCCAGUGCGCCGCCACGUUCGGCGCGCGCAUCCUCGCCUCCAACAUCUGCACCCUGGGCGAGGGCGGCAGGAGCCCGUGCAACGGCGACAGCGGCGGUCCCCUGGUGAUCAGGGAGGCUGACGGACAGUACACGCUGGUGGGAGCCGUGUCCUUCGGCGUCCGCAACUGCCCAGCCGGCAACCCGGCAGCCUUCGUCCGCGUCUCCAGCUACCUCAACUGGAUCUCAGCCAACACGGGGCUCGCCCUGAGUCCAUGUACUAUAAAACCCAACGGUGAUCAGCAUUUUAAUGAAAUUAUCACCAUGAAAUUUCUAGUGGCUCUGACCCUCUUCGUAGCUGCAGCCCAGGCGGCCGCGGGCGACUGGAGGAGCCUGCAGUUCGUGCACCCCGAGGUGGAGGGCAACCCGCGCUACACGGCCGAAGAAUGGCGCGACGUGUACGCCGCCGCGGAGGACUUCCAGCCCGAGGACACCGCGGGCCUGGUCCCGGGCACCGUGCCCCAACCAGAGGAUGCCGGCAGGGUGUACACUAAGCCCGGUUCCCGCAUCAUCACCGGAACUGCGGUGAGCCAGGGCGACAUCCCCUGGCAGGCGUUCAUCAUCAUGGGAGGAACCAGCCUCUGUGGUGGUUCCCUCAUCUCCAGCGAGUGGGUGCUCACGGCCGCCCACUGCCUCAGCGGGUUCUCGUCCUUCGAGGUCACCCUGGGCGCCACUAGCAGGGCAGUUGCCCAGCCCGGCGCGAUCACCCAGGAGGCAAGGCAGGCGCUCAUCCAUGGCAGCUACAGCCAGCUGCUCAUCCUGAACGACAUCGGCCUGCUGCGGCUGUCCUCUGUGGUCGCCUUCAACAAUAUCAUCAACGCUAUUCGACUUCCUUCUCUGUCAGAUGCAUCCAAAACAUACGCUGGAGAAAACGCCGUAGUCAGUGGCUUUGGACGAACAUCCAGCACGACGAACACUGCUUCAGCAAAUCUUUUGUUUGCUGACGUCUCCAUCAUCACCAACGCGGCGUGUGCCAAUACUUUCGGCAUCAGACUGCGUGCGUCCAAUAUUUGCUCUCUAGGAACCGAAGGAAGGAGUCCGUGCAACGGCGACAGCGGCGGUCCUCUGGUGAUCAGGGAGGCUGACGGACAGUACACGGAGGUCGGCAUAGUCUCGUUCGGCCUGCAGAACUGCCCCGCCGGCAACCCGGCCGCCUUCGUCCGCGUCACCAGCUACCUCAACUGGAUCUCCGCCAACAGCGGCCUCGCCCUGCGUCCGUGAAGAGAUCGAGUGGGCCGCUACCUUCCAGAGUUGCCAGACCGCCGCCUGGGGAAGAGCCGACAAAAACUCUUCAUGCCACUUGGGUACUUGAGCUGCCCGUUCAAGUAACUUUCACAAACAAUCUGGCUGUAAAUUGUCUUUUUAUUGGUGACUAUUAAAACGUGAGGAAGGACAUCAUAAAAA